GCUUGCCGUAUCUGCCUUCUGCAAUAAACUUCCUGCUGAAAUGAAAGUAGGCUGUCACAAUGUCAACUGACGGCAAUAAUUGUAUGAUCUCAUGUGUGUUUUGUAAAAUUGCAAAUUUACAAGACCCGGAAACAAGGAUUUUGUAUCAGGAUGAGGAAUUUGUGGCGUUCCGUGACAUCAGACCAGCAGCUGAUCACCAUUACCUCAUUGUAACAAAGCAACACAUUAAGGACCCCAAGCAGCUGAGGGCAGACGACUUACAACUUUUGGAACGGCUAAUCGUCACUGGAGAGAACGUGUUAAAGAAUGCUGGAGGAGCGUUGGAGGAGACUAGAUUUGGAUUUCACUGGCCACCUUUCACCUCCGUGAAUCACUUGCAUUUACAUGCAAUAUCGCCGGUGUCGUCCAUGACCUUUCUGUCAAGACUAAUAUUCCGUGAAAACUCCUACUGGUUUGUGUCAGCUAAUUGGAUGAUAAAUCGGUUGAAAAAAAUGAAAAACGAAACGGCUGAUGUUCUGCCAAGGAGCAGUUCGGAUCUGAAAAAGACGUGAAUGUAUGGGACAUCAAUCAAGAUACCGAGAAUUCUACAGGGCCCCUGUAACCUUCAAAAAGUGUCAACAUUGAAUAUCAAGUUCAAUUAGUUUCUAACACAAGUGAAAUGUCAAUGUUAUUGUCUAAGAAUUACCUGAUUAAGGAAGAAUGUGAGCAAAACAAUGCGUUCAGUGCACAAACACGUCUCUCUCUCUCUCUCUCUCUCUCUCUCUCUCUCUCUCUCUCUCUCUCUCUCUUCGUGCACUAAUGCCAUGAUUGUUAUUUCAUUAUAAAAUGGAUAAUAUAAUGAAUAGUUGUGAUAAUGAC